UUCAUGUAUUAUGUUCUCAUACGAGAAGGUAGCAAAGGAGGGAAGGCAUUUACUGCUGGGAAGGGUGGGAAGGGCUCCGCAUCAAAUGCAAAGCCUGCAAUGUCUGAUGCAGAACUAAAGCUUCAGCUUGAUAUGUCUCCAAAUUCUAUAUUGUUAACGAACUGUGAAGCAGCAGAAAUGUUGCAGAAAAUUCAGGGACAUAUGGCUAUCUUAUCAGAGGAUCCAAAGAUAAAAAUUCCCGAGUCGUUCGACAAGGCCUUUCAAUAUGCAAAAGAAGGAAAUCACUUCACCUCUGCGAAGUUGGUGAAAGAAAUCCUGGAACCCCUUAAAGACUAUGGUGUUAAUGAUGGCGAGAUAUGCAUGAUAGCGAACAUUGGGCCUGAGACCAUUGAAGAGGUUUAUGCACUCAUACCGUCUCUCAAGGCCACUAGGUCGAUCAAUGAAGGCAAGAUCGCGGAGGCCCUUACCGCCCUCGCUAACAUAAAAGCCUCCAAGUGAACCUCAGCUACACAGG